AUGCCACCCCAACCCGCAUUUAAACAAACACGUUGUCAUCUUAGUGAUAGACAAAAAAAAGAGAUAUGUGAAUUUGCAGAAAAGAAUCAGAAUCUUAAACAUUAUAACAUAGCAAGCGAGUUCAUGAAGCAUUAUCCUGAUUUAAAGAUUAAUUGCUUCAUCGUGUCAAAAAUCUUGAAAAAAGCCAAUGAGUAUAAAAAACUUAAAGAUA